GGACAGGAGGACGCACAAGACAGAAAAGAAGCUGCUGCAGGGGCUGAGCACGCCAAGAGCUUUUUAGGGGUUUGACGCACGCACGCACACACGCACGCACGCACGCACGCUAUGGACUACUGUUGAGCUCUUUGGAAAGAAGAAGCAGUGCGCGCACAGAACAGCUGCUGCUCGAACCUAACUAAUUGUAAUUUUUUUUUUUAAAGUUUUGAAGUUGAAUAUCAUCGGUUAUUUGAACACAACAGCCGGUCAAACAGAGACCAUCGCAGCAGCAUGAUGAAGAUACUGGUUUUACCGGUUUUAAUGGCUUUUUUCGCCGUCGCCCAAGUUUUUUGCGAGGAAAACGACCCGAAAGAAGAGGCGGACUACUGGACGAGCAGUAAUGACAUUCAGGACGGCUGGCUUGCCAGCGACCCAUUCAGAGAAAUCCUACGGCGGAUGACAAGAAAGCCACGGCCGCAUCAGUUCAUCGGCCUGAUGGGGAAACGCUCCAUGGCAAAUGCACAGAUCACCCGCAAAAGGCAUAAAGUCAACUCUUUUGUCGGGCUGAUGGGGAAAAGGAGCCAAGAAGAGCCAGGCUCGUAUGAGUGGAGCACAAUACAGACGUACGACAAGCGCCGCUAAGCCGUCUCCUCUCUACCAGCACCUGCACCCCAUCGAGCCAUUCCUUACCCGACGCUGGCUUUUGUUUUCCCUCAAACUGUGUAUAGCUGUUAGUCGAAUAAAAAUGAUUCUGUUUCCACAUUGUAGUGAUGUAGCAGUGCUGUACCUGUGCCAGUUUCCAGUUGCCCCAGCAGAAGGUCGUCGAGGGGAGGGGAGGGGGUGGGGUGGGGUGCCAUGUAUCAAUGUUAGUGGUUUCUGUGAGCGUUCUUUCACUAUCUGCCAUGCUACAAAACACUAAAUGUUGUUGUGGAUCAUCAAAGCAAGGCUAUGCCCCAUGGUAUGCUACAAAAAAAAUUUGCACUGCCAAAGUCACUGUAUAGUGCCUCAUUACUUUUUAAUUGCAAAUGAUUGUUCUAUAAAUACAACACACCGGGGGAAAAGCACUCAUUUCGGCUUGUAAGUGGCUUUUAGAAUUUCCCCAUCUGGUCAAAUGGUGUGA